CUGACCUGUGCGGACGUUGGCGUGUCGCAAUUCUCUCACCUCCAUUUGACGAGCAUGGCUUCACGUUGGAUGUAAUUCACCCUCGCACAGCAUGAGAAAUGCCACACAGAGCAGCCACACUAUUAUAUGGGAAAGUGUACUUUAAGCUAACAGCAGCUAAAACCUCACUUUCCUGAGAACUAAACUUGGGUGUAUCCCCUAAGGACUAAAUAAAAAGCAGGGACGAGGCCGGCUUCAACGGUUGAGGAAUUAAGCGUGACGAGAUGACGGCAAACGAAUGAAUGGGAAUGAAUGAAUGAAUAAAUGAAUGAAUGGGUGAAUGGGUGAAUGGGUGAAACAUGCCGUCGACACUCGCGUGUUCCGCCACCAACACCAACACCAACACCAACACCUAUACGCACGCUUUUCUCGGCGGCUUCCAGCUUCUCGGCGGCUUCUCAGCUUCUGCAUUAUCAACUUACCCUCUCGCAUGGCUUUGGCCUUGCACAUCGCCCCCCACAAAUGCCUAUUGGCAGAACGUCCGGCCUGGCCCGGUCUGGCCGCGGCGGCUCCGCAAAGCGCAGCGUCGAGGCGUCAUCUCGACUCCGGCCCAGCCCAUGUAUUAUUUGUCGCCCGCCGGUGAAGGGUAAAGGUAAAAAGAAGGAGAAAACGGGCAAGGAUUCGCAGGAUUCGCAGGCGGCAAAAGAGGCGAAAGCUGGGCGUCUUUGUGCAUGUCCUCGUUGCUCCAUCGCCCAGCCUCGCCCGGUUGUGAGUUUGCGAGUCUGGCUGGAAUGCUCGUCCAUAGCCCGGUGCAUUCCUCCCGCGGGCGACGCCCAACUCUGCUCCCAUGUCCGGUCCUCUCGUCAGGCCUGAUAAAUCACCUCACGGCAACGGUUGCUGCGCUGGGCCACAUACGUAGCUCUGUUCCAGCCCGCCUGGUGGUUUCGUGUCUCGCCGGUUGCUGGUGUUUUGUUGUUGUCCAUCGCCCGCCGCCGCCAGAGCCGUUUACUUCGACCUCGGAUUCCCACUCGGCCAUCCUCGUCCUUGUCGGCCGCGGUC